AUGGGGCUUAUUAAAAGAUUGUUAUUGGUUUCUCUCUCAUUGCUCUCCGCUGUAAAUGCAGCGGAGAUUCUUUCUCUCGGGAAUAGUGAGGAUGUUAUUGCAGAUUCCUACAUUGUGGUGAUGAAGGAUGGAUUAUCCCAAACAGCGUUUGAUACCCACAAGACAGAGGUUUCCAGUAUCUCUAAAAGAAAGCGGGACGCAACAGCUGUGCUUAAACACUCUUUUGAUUUUACGGGCUUUAGAGGCUAUUCGGGUACUUUUGAUGAAGCAACAAUUCGCGAGAUUGCUACUAACCCAGCCGUGAAAUACAUUGAGCAUGACAAAGUCGCAAAGGCCCACGGCCUAAUUGAACAAAAAGGCGCGGGAUGGAAUCUCGCCCGCAUCUCGCACAGACAGCCUGGUGCUACUAGUUACGUCUACGACGAAUCGGCUGGACAGGGCAUCUCGGUUUGCCUAGUCGACACCGGCGUCAACGUGAGGAUCCCCGAACUGGGUGGCCGCGCCAUUUGGGGCGUCAACUUGAUUGAUCGCGAGGACACCGACGGAAACGGCCACGGUACUUUCUUAGCCUCACUGAUCGCAGGCACAAGACACGGGGUUGCCAAAAAGGCAGAGAUAAUCGCUGUCAAAGUUCUCAACGCCAGCGGCAGCGGAUCUACUAGUACCAUCAUCGCCGGAAUCUACUGGUGCAUCCAGAACGCUAACGACAGGGGGGCAUUGAACAGCACCCUCAUCAAUUUGUCACUGGGUGGGAGCUAUUCAAGGGGUCUUAACCAGGCUGCCGAGGCUGCUGUUCGUGCCGGACUGUUCGUAUCUGCCGCAGUAGGCGGCUCGAAUAUUGACUCAGGCAACGAAUCCCCAGCAUCAGCCCAAGGCGUCUGUGCCAUUGCAGCAAGCACGAUGGAUGACCGGCCCGCACUAUUCUCUAACUACGGAAAAAACGUCGCCCUCUAUGCUCCGGGCCAAAAUAUCAUGGCGAUUUCCAACAACGGCGGGACCGUGACAUUGUCAGGAACAUCUUUCGCUGCGGGUCACGCCGCAGGGGUCGCGGCGUAUUUGCAGCGUCUGGAGGGGAUCCCCGGCAACACCAUCUGCAAUCGUCUCAAGCAACUUGGAAACCCGGUGAUUCGCAACCCACAUUCAGGCAGCACGCGACUUUUGUUGUAUAAUGGCAGUGGUCGCUGA